AUGGCUAAAACAAUUUCCUCCGAUAAAACUGAGAAAUCCUCAGCUGAGAUAACCUAUUACUUAACCUUUGAGGACUAUCUAAAACCUAAAAGUGUUAAGAAAUCCAAUCAACUACUAUUCAAUCAGAAUACUUCUUCGAAUACUCAAAUGCGUUUAAAACUAUUGGAACAUCCAGUGCUUAUAGCAGGUCGUAAGUCCAACUAUCAACUUAUAAAGGAAAAACUGCAAAAACUCUUGCAAACUAAAAGGAAAAAAUCGCUAAAACUCCCUAUAAAUUCCAGCUGUAAUGACAAAAUUUCCAAAAUUGCCUCCAUAUGGCAUAAGAAAACCUUUAAUAAACCCUCCCGCUUAGCCAUGGGCAGCAUACAAUUGCCUGCCUUUUUGGCUUUUCUUAAGGCACGUAAUGAUGAUGGUUUGUGCAAGCGAAAAUCAGGGUUUGAAAUCUACUGUGAAAUGGCUAGUAUUCAUGGUUUUAUUAAUUUUGUGGGCGCCACCACUUGGCAGAGGGCAUUUUGGUUUCUCGUAGUUCUAACCGCGGUAGUAAUGUCGGGAUUUAUUCUACUGCUGUCUCACUUUAUGAACACCGAUACACCCACCAUCUUAUAUUCGGAAAGUACACAAUAUCCCACUUGGUCUAUACCUUUUCCGGCGGUUACCAUUUGUAAUUUGAAUCGUAUUUCAAAGAGGAGGGCGGAGUAUAUGGCGCAUAAAUUCCAAAAAUCUAGCAACUUGUCGCUCCCACAACUUAACGAUUACUUCAAUCUAGCAGUUUCUACAGCAUUCAACCUUAAAGCCUAUACUGAAGACCACACAGCCCUAAGCUCUCUACUAAAGCUAAACAAUUACUCGUUACCACAACUAUUAAACGAACUAACACCCGAUUGUGAAAAUGAGUUACUAAGAUGUAAAUGGCAAGGACAUUUUACGAGAUGUAAACAUUUAUUUCAAAAAAUACAAACAGCAUAUGGAUCCUGCUGCUCCUUUAACUAUAAAGCUUUACAAAAAACCACAAACAAACGUGGUGAUUACGUAAUGAAUAAUUACUUGGAAUAUAGCACGAGUUGUGGUUAUAAAACGGGUCUAUCGGUAUUAUUAGAUCCUCAUUUAGAGAAUUAUAAGGCCAGUUUAACAUUGACAACCGGGUUUCUGGUUUUGAUACACGACUCACACGAUUUUGCCGAUACGAACUCUUUGAAACGUAUAAUACAGCCCUCAACUUUUAAUAAAAUUCAUGUUUUACCUCAGCAAACUCAUGCCACUUCGUACAUAGCUAGAGAGUCUUUAUAUAAGAGAAAAUGUUAUUUACCUUGGGAACGGCCCAUGUUCUAUUUUGGAUCCUAUUCUCAGGUUAACUGUUUGGCUGAAUGUCGUUCUUUAAAGUUAUAUCAAAAGUGUAAAUGUUCGUUGGCCAAUUGGCCUAGAAAGGACAAUUGGACAGUGUGUGGUUUGGAGGAGAGUAAAUGUUAUAUGAAAUGGAAAGAUAUAUUCUUCUUCAGUUCGAUUUCCCCAAGAAUUUUCUAUCCUUUUUUCUCCUUUUCCAGAAAAAUUGCCUAUCAAAUUCCGAAAAGACCUUAUCGCGUUACGGGUUGUGGUUAUCCUACGGGUCUAUCAAUACUCCUUAAUCCCUUGGCCUACGAUUAUUUCGGCACCUAUUUUAGCAGCUAUGGUUUUCGUUUUAUGAUCCAUGAUGCCUACGAUUUUCCCGAUGAAAAUGCCGAAACAAAAGUUAUCACCUCCACAAGAGAAAGUUUUGUGCGCAUUAGUCCCGAGUCUACUUACGCAACAAGUGAUGUCAAAAGUAUGGAUUUGAAAUUAAGAAAUUGUUUAUUUUCCAAUGAACGUAAAUUGGUGGUAAUGCAAAGAUAUUCCUUUAUUAAUUGCAUGUCGGAGUGUCGCAUACGUAAAGCAGUAGAAAAAUGUGGUUGUGUACCAGAAAAUUUACCCAAUAAUGGUUCAUUUUCUAAAUGUGGAAUUAAGGAUCUAAAAUGUGUUUUAGAUAGUAGAGAAAUUUUUACUCGAGCCCUAAAUGAAUAUAAUAAAACAUUUUCCACCAUUUUGAGCACGGAUAAAUUUCCCUGUGAUUGUUUGCCGGAUUGUGAGUCUAAUCAUUAUGUUUCGGAAAUAACCAUGGGUAAACUUAAUGUUAAAUUAGAAAAUGAUUUGAAAAUUCCAAAUGAUUAUAACAAUAUUUUGCUGCAUGUGUUCUACAGUGAUCUUAUGUCUACUAGGUAUCGAAAGGAAAUCUAUCAAAAUUGGUUAUCAGCUUUGGCUUCCUUUGGCGGCCUGCUGGGUUUGAUCAUGGGUUUCAGCAUUGUUACUGCUUUUGAAUUUAUAUAUUUUCUGACAUUUAGACCUAUUUUUAAUUAUUUUAAUAAUCCUUUAUUUGUUUCUGAAAUAAAUUUCUCAAAGAAUCACCAUGUUGGGGAUCAAUUUAUGUGUGAUUGCUAUCCUUUAUGUGAUUUUAAUAUGUAUAGCAUAGCGAUGGAUUCUGGACGACUAAUGAGAAAGUAUUCCUUAACCGAUCUAAGGUUUUUCAAAUAUAUUAAUACCACCAACCAUAUAUUGCUGCAUGUAUUUUUUGGUGAACUUUAUGCGGAACGUUUACGCCUGGAUGUCUAUGAAAAUUGGUUAUCGUUUAUAGGCACCUUUGGUGGUAUAACAGGUCUUUAUAUGGGUUAUAGUUUUGUUUCAGGUUUCGAGUUAAUUUUCUUUGUAUUUGUAAGACCCGCUUGCAAUUGGUUAACUAAAAAACGAAUAAGAUAUCGUAUUAAAAAGCGUCAACGAAAGGCACAAAAAGAAGCCGAACAUAGAAAACAAUUAGAAGAGGAAAAGGCUGAGCAAGAACGUAUAGAAGCGUUUCUACGUAUGCGUCCUUAUUGCCCCGAAUAUAUAGGUUAAAUGUCAUAAUAUUAAGAAAACAUAUAAUGUAUACAUAGUAAUAAAAGCAUAAUUAACA